AGCGGCUCUCGUGGUAUGACUACUAUAAACCAGGGAAACAAAGCAUUGAAGGUGAAGCGAGAGCCGGGUGAGAAUGGCACGAGUCUUACAGAUGAUGAGCUGGUGUCCAUGUCCGUGCGGGAGUUGAACCAGCACCUGCGCGGUCUAACCAAAGAUGAAAUACUGCUGCUUAAGCAGCGGAGGCGCACACUCAAGAACCGUGGCUACGCUGCCAGCUGUCGUGUCAAACGUGUCACGCAGAAGGAGGAGCUGGAGAAGCAGAAGGUGGAGCUUCAGCAGGAAGUGGAAAAGCUUGCCUCAGAAAAUGCCAGCAUGAAGACAGAGCUGGACAUGCUGCGCUCGAAAUAUGAGGCCCUCCAGAGCUUUGCCAGGACUGUGGCCCGCAGCCCAGCGGCCACUGCCAGGGGCCCCAUCACGUCUGUUUUAGGGCCUCUCAUACCAGGCAAGGUCGCUACCACCAGUGUCAUCACCAUCGUCAAAUCCAAAACAGAAGCACGCUCGUAA